ACUAUUUCCUUCAAUUAACUUCUGCCACGGGAAUAUGUCCUUCUCACAGAUCUAAGAGUAAUAAAAAUUCCAUUGGAAAAGUUCUCAUACUGCUGUUAGCAACAGGGAACAAGAUGGACAAUCUAUUAAAUGGAACAGAUGAAGCAUUUACCACCACUGAAUUUGAUUAUGAUAGUAUAGUAACACCAUGCCAAGCUAAGGCUGUCCAAAAUUUUGGUUCUAAUGUCCUACCAACCCUUUAUUCUUUGGUGUUCAUCUUUGGUCUUUUGGGCAAUAUGCUGGUUGUACUGAUCCUCAUCAAAUAUAAGAGGUUCAAGAGCAUGACUGAUAUAUACCUGUUAAAUUUAGCCAUCUCUGAUUUGCUUUUCAUUUUCUCUCUCCCAUUUCGGAUUUAUUAUGCAGCAAACGACUGGGUAUUUGGAGAUGCAAUGUGCAAAAUUCACUCUGGAAUCUAUUUUUUAGGCUUCUAUAGUGGAAGCUUUUUCAUCAUCCUCUUGACCAUUGAUCGGUAUUUAGCAAUAGUCUACGCAGUGUUUGCAUUAAAAGCCAGAACAGUACUCUAUGGCAUCAUCACAAGCAUUAUCACAUGGAUCCUGGCACUUCUAGCCUCUUCGCCAGGAAUAGUCUUUUAUAUGGAACAAAUGGAAAAUGAUAGAAAAACAUGCUCUUCUCAUUUUCCUCUUCAAAGUCACUUUGCAUGGAACAAGUUCUUUACACUGAAAUUGAACUUCAUAGGCUUGAUUUUUCCAAUGAUGGUUAUGACUUUCUGCUAUGCACGCAUCAUAAAUACUUUGCUGAGAUGCAGGAAUGAGAAGAAGAACAAAGCAGUCAGGCUUAUUUUUAUUAUUAUGAUUGUUUACUUCCUCUUCUGGGCCCCAUACAAUAUUGUUCUUCUGCUCCAAUUGUUCCAAAGUGCAUUAUCCCUUGAUAAAUGUGACAACUUAAGUAGUUUAGGUGUAGCAGUUCAAGUGACAGAAACACUUGCAGUAGCUCACUGCUGUAUCAACCCUGUGAUCUAUGCUUUUGCUGGUGAGAAAUUUAGAAAAUACACCAUGAUCUUUUUCCGAAAGCAUGGUGGUCACCGUCUACCAAAAUACUGUGGCUUCCUGUAUCGAGAACCUCUGGAACGGACCAGUUCCACAUACUCUCAUUCUACUGGAGAGCAAGACAUUUCAGCAGUCUUGUAAAGCAUAUCUCUAGGAAAAAAACUGGACUGAUUUUUAUUAGUGCAUUUUUAUGGACCUCUGCAACACUGGACUUAAGGAACACUCCCAAAGGGUUGAGUCACUUCUAACAAUACAGCUUUGGUGUGAAAAGGAAUGAUGAAAUGCCUGGAAGAAGCUUUGUUUUGCUAUGACAAUUUACAGAUUAUGCUAUAUAUAUCAAUGUUCACGUAACCUCAGUGGAAUAAUUGU